AGUUAGGCUGGUUGCCUCUAAAUAAUUUGCAAUUGUUCAUGAUGCGAAUUGUCAACUUUAGCGAAGAAUUCAACCCUGAGAUAGAGGAGGAAUUAUUGAAGUCUGUUAAAUUCAUUAUCGAUAUCGAUAGAGCCUUCCUUGGGGAUUUCCUUCAACAAAGACAAUAUUUAGCUAAAAAUCGAAUGAAAACUGUUCUGGUGGCUUCAAGGGAGGAAACAGCAAAGGAGAACCAAUCCCACAUUGCAUGUGAAAUCAUAUUUGUGCAGUACUUUGCUGGCGGAAACUAUGGCUUCGUAAAGUUUAUUUCUACAGCUGAGCGAUUCAACGAACUCGAAGAACUGAAUCAUAUCAGACUGCAGUUAGUAAACGAGGCCAUUUCAGUGGUAAAUAAGUAUGCUCAACGGUGUGGUUUUGACAACUGCAAGGAAAUCUACAGUGUGAUUAAAAAGAAGCAUAAUUCUAAACCUACCAACAAGUGUGCAGAAUCAGGUCUUUGCAAGUCUCUCUACAUAGCAGGAUUUCGAUGGAUAGAGGCUGAUCUUAUUUCUUCUGAUGUUGGAAGUCAGUGGACUUGUUUGAUUGUUUACAGGCCAAAUUUAGUUCCUAACUACCAGGUUGAAAAUGGUAUCAAAUGGGGCUACAUUGCAACAUCUGUACUACUAAACUUUUGUGAAGAUAUUGUCACUAUUUUGAAUUCAUCCGAUUAUGGAAAAAAAACUAUGAGGCAAGUAAAAGCCUUGAUGAAUAAUUUUGAAGAAAGUUCAAGCCUGGAUUCAAAUAUUGUCCAACCCUCAUUUCCUUGGAAUGGAAGAGUAGGACCUUCUCCUGCAAAUCAGGUUGUGGUUGUUGGUGGAGGGCUGGCUGGGCUUUCUGCAGCAGCUUCUUUGUCUAAGGCUGGUAUUCCUGUUGUCCUUUUGGAGGCAUCCAAUUAUCUAGGUGGAAGAGUGAAGCAAGUUCAGCCAUUUGAAGGGUUUGCUCCAAUUGAUCUUGGUGGAGAGUUUAUCCAUGGAUCUAACACUGUGGUGAACAAGAUUGCUUGUGACAAUGGAUGGGUUGUUCUGCCAGCUUCUCAAUGUGAAGCUGGGGAAGAAGGAGAAAAAUUAUUCUACAAAGGAAAACUCUAUUCGACGAACAGUAAUCAACGGGAAAUCAGACUUGCUCGAGAAGCGUGGGCCGAAUUGAUCAACAGCAAAUACAGAAAUCAAGAAAAGGAAACGGAAUAUUUGUCUGAUUCUGUGAAGGUGAGACUUGAAGAGAAAGGCUUGUCACGUGACGUGUUGGAUGUAAUUGAUUGGUGGAAGAUGAAGAUAUCUGCAGGAUCCUUGGAUCACUAUGGAGUGCGGGAAGGGCGGAGGAGAAUGGAGUCCAAAUAUGAGUGGGGAAUUGAAGAUUGCAGACUCGCGGAAUCUUACUCACAGCUGGUGAAGUACUACUUGGCUAACAGUAUGGAUGUGGAUAAGCGUCUUAACUGGCAGGUUAAGGAAGUUGUUUGGAAAGGAGACAGGGUGAGAUCCAACAACAGUGGACGAAUUCUUCUGAAAAAUCAACAUGGCCAGGAGAUGACCGCCAAGCACGUGAUCAUUACCGUACCACUAACAGUCCUCAAAGAUGGCGACAUAGCCUUCACUCCAGCACUUCCCGCUGACAAGAACAAGGCCAUACGCACGAUACAGAUGCUGGGCGCGUGGAAAAUCGCUUGUCGUUUCAAACGCCGCUUCUGGCCGGAGAAGCUGCAUCAAAUUUACAGCGUUCGUGGGUUCGCUAGUGAGAUAUGGACUUGCUCACAUGAUUGUCCCGACAGUGACGAAAAAUGUCACGUGGUCGUCGGGUUUGAAACUGCCGAGCCCGCGGAAGAGAAACGGUAUCUCAGCGGACAGGAAGUGUUGAGAGGAUUUUUGAGUCAUCUGGAUGAGAUAUUUGGCACUUCCUCGGACCCAAGCCCUGCCAGCAAUUCGUUCAUGGACUUCGUGUACUUCCAUUGGUCAAACCAUCCUUACAUUCGCGGGGGAUAUACCUCACCCACUGCGCAUGCUUACGAAUUCCGUCGCGUGCUCGCCAGCCCUGUUGACGAUCGCUUGUUCUUUGCGGGUGAAGCCACUAGUUCAAGGUCAUGUUCGACUGUACCUACUGCGAUUGAAACUGGGACACGCGCGGCAGAUGAAGUUUGUUGUGCGGCUGGAAUUCUCCCUCUUGCGAAACUUUAAUCAUAACUGUUUGCCUUAAGCACCGUUGCGGUGCCAGAUAAAAGUAUUAGGAACUUAUUUGACAGUGUUGCCAAGGGAGAGACGUCGAGUAGUUGGAAAUUAAGAGAAAUUGCCAAUGUAGCGCCACGUGCAAUUUACUGUAACCUGGGAAAGAGAUUUUGAUAUUCAAAACAUUUUAUCUAUAUAUGAAAUGAUAUUGUAAAAAAACCCACAGCAUGCUUUCAGCGAGACACCACGCUGAUCAAGGAUUCUCCAAGCUAACUUGAUACUGAAAAUGAACGAGUUAAGACUAAAUUCUUAUUGGCUCAUCAGUCGAGCACAAGUGCCGACUGAUAACCCUUUAACUCCCAAGAACUGACUGUUAAUUCUCCCCUCUAACUUCACACAUCUUCUGCUAAAUAAAUUUCCAGAAUUUGGUGUUAGAUCAAGAUAACAACUUUCACCUGAUAGUUUGAAUCUUCUCACUACCUGUUUGCUUGAUAACGUUUGACUGCAGUAGGAAGAAGUUACAUUUUAAAUCUCUUUCUGGGGUAUUGUGCAUACAUAAAAGCUUAAAAAGGUAACAUAUCAGAGAGUGGACUAGCU